AAAAUGGUAUUUUGCGUCAACACGAACCUGAGUAUGGGCAAAGGAAAGAUCGCAGCCCAGUGUUGUCACGCCGCGGUCGGGUGCUACAAACGGGCAACAAAACAGUGCCCGGCGGCAGUACAUGCUUGGGAGCAGACGGGAUGUGCCAAAAUUGCCCUCAAGUGUCCCAGUCCUGACGAUAUGGAACAGAUUGCCGUCAUUGCCCGGGCGAAAGGAAUUCCCACUUACCUUGUUGAGGACGCCGGUCGUACGCAAAUUGCCGCUGGAUCCAGAACCGUCUUGGGACUUGGACCUGCUCCUGUAUCUGUCUUUGAAGGCGUCAGUGAUCAUCUGAAGCUAAUGUGA